UUUCUUUUGAUAAUUUUGAAAUACAAACUAAAUUUCAAUGAAAAGAUAUUGAACAGGAUAACUAAUAAUGAUUAAUUCUGUUUGAUAAGGAUAUUUAUUAGUGUGCUUAGUUACUUAUUUCUGUUGGUUGGAAAACAGUACUUUGGCCGUUUAUCUGAUUUUGUAACUGUUGUAAAUGUGAUUCAUGUUAAUUUGGAUUUGAAAUUAAGACUUACUUCUCCAUUUUCAUUUGGGAAUUACAUAUUUUAUAUUCUUUUACGUUCAUUUGUUGUGCUUCUAUAGGAUCGUUUUAUAGAUUCAGUAUAAAGUUAACUUAUCAUUAUUUGGGAAGAAUUCGCGUACGCGCGCGUGUGUGUGGAGCGGGGGUGUGCGUGUAAAAGAAUGUUAUUUAUUUUUAUGUUGUAUAAAAUAUAUCUGAAAUGCUUAAUUCGUGAUAAGCAUUAAAAUCUGUUAAAAUUUUGCAGUCAACUUUCUCGGAUAAAUGUUGUUGCUAUGUCUUACAAUACAUCAGGAACAUGUGUUGUUGUAUUCAUGUUUGAUUGGAAAUUAUGUGUGUUGUCACCCUUGACUAUGACAAGAAAAAAGUGAAAGGUGGGCGAGGGGUUAAAAGGAGGAGGCAGAGAGAUAAUCCUGUUUUAGGAAAGAGGAGGAAACUCCAACUGGGCAGCACAAUUUUAGUUGCAAGUCCGGGAGGUCAACAUCCGCCCAUACAGGAAAGAGAAGGACUUUUUUCAGAUCGACGGGGAGAUCAGCUAUGCCUGCCAGAACCAAACUUGUAUCUGGGAAGACGCACUUUAAGAGUAAGACAUUCGACAGGAGUAUUUGACAUUCGUAGGAACGUUGUUACGUUGCAUACGUUAUCAGGGACACCGAUGAGGACUACUGCAGUUGUCGGCCUUUGUUCGAGCAGAGGAGAAUCCAAUCUUGCCGGCAUUAUGAACGCUGUGAUAUUAACAAAUUAAAUAGUUAAACUAUAGAAAAUAAGCCAAUGUUUACUUUCCUAUGUCUCUUCUUCAUAGAAAAGAUGUUACAUUUGUACUUUUCUUUGCUCUUGCACAUGUUUGUUGUUUCAUUUCAAAUACUGCAAAAUUGUUUUUCUAAGAUCAGAACUAAUACAUAUUCAAAUCCGUUAAACAAGUACAAUUUCUUACAGGAAACAGUUUAUUCUGUUGCACUUAUGUAUACUUCACAUGCUUAUGAGGAAACCAAUUUGUAAUUAAACGUACGAAAGUAUC